AUGAUGGCGGCGACUGGCGGACGAGACGCUGUCACCGUAGAUGAUGACAUCACGCCMCGACGGAAGACAAAGUCCAGUCCUACUAACAAGAGGACCCGAACCGGAUGCCUGAACUGUCGACGCAAGCGACGAAAAUGUGAUGAGACCAAGCCGACGUGUGAGGGAUGUCAAUCCAGAUCAGAACGAUGCGAAURGGGCGUCAAAGUCAGCUUUAGACCGGAGCAUGCCUCCACCAUCAGACUGGACCAUCCUUCAAUGCGACACGGCGCUAGUUCUGUUCGAAACUCUGGCUACAAGAUAAUAGACGUCACGUCAGAAGUGAUCCGAGACUAUCUCGAGGAGUCGGUCAAUGAUUCUAUGGAUGAUGUCCAGACUAUUGAUGCAACACCUUCCACCAGCACCUCCCGACUCGUGCUCGAUGAGGCAGAAUCUGGCCACGACAUACCGCUGGACAUAUUCACGGCACUCAACGGUCAAAGCAGACCUCUAAGUACCCAUCCAGAGGUACUUGCAGAUCCUAAUGUAGAUGUAUCAGACCUUUUCUUGUCGCCACCACAUAGCGAUCCGGCCUUUGAAGAUGGCAUUUUCCUCCCAGGAUCGCAAUAUCAGGAACUACAUGCCACCCUCCGAAGUCGGAUAAUAGACACUGCGAAAUCCACGGUACCGUCUCGUAUUGGGUCUCCGGACACCCCGCCUGAUUCAGUAGACUCAGAUGUCGCCCCAACUCACAGCACAGAAGACGAAGAAUUCCGAAGAUUAGCUCAUCUAUCCCUUGAGCAGGAAUUCGUUCUUUGGCAGAAUUACAUCGAUGAAGUCGCUGGCUGGAUGGAUAAGUUCGACAUCAAUCGACAUUUCGAACUCGUUCUACCCAUCAUGGCGAAGUCCCAUCCGCAUCUACGCUACUCACUGCUUGCACUCUCGGCUGCUCAAAUGGAGCGUAAAGCUCAAGCAACGGACAAUUCACGUAGUCUGGCGCUAUACCAACAUGCGAUUCACCUCCUUUCUCCUCUUCUCCAACAGCGAACGACGACCGUGCUGGCUUCUUGUGUUGUACUGUGUGUGCUCGAGAUGAUGAGUUGCUCACCAAAAGCAUGGCGCAGACAUUUGGACGGUUGUGCUGCAUUGAUACAAGCUUUGGGUGUUUCCGGGAGCUGUGGCGGGCUGGAGCAGGCCCUCUUUUGGUGUUUUGCGAGGAUGGACCUUUGGGGAGGUCUAAUAUCGAAUGAGAAGACUCUCAUUCCGAUGCACAACUGGGUUGGUGGAAGCAGUAUUGUUGAAGAUGUUGCGCUUCUUGCGAACUCACAAGGCAAUUAUGACAUGUACGCGAAUCAUGUGGUGUAUCUCUGCGGUCAAGUUAUUGACCUUCUAUGCUCGUCGGGAAAGUGGGAGCAGCGGCGUCGUACGCACACAGGGAUAAUGGACAGUAUCGAGUACAACCACCAAUGGUCGAGACUGUUUGAACUCCUGGAUCGAUGGUAUCUAAAUCGACCUGAAGAGAUGACAGCGCUUCUAACAGUCCCCUCCCUACCCGGCGACGAAGCAAGGCCCUUCCAUACAUUGCUAUAUGGCAAUGGUCCCGCGACAUCAGGCAAUCAGAUGUACCACACCGCUGCUUUAUUGAUGCUGAAGUACAAACCCUCCCACGUCCAAUUCGCGAAGAAGCCGCCAUCCAUGCUCUGGCAUGCCAGACAAGUUUGCGCAAUCAGUUUUUCGAAUCGACAUCAUGGUUGUUGGACGAAUAGUAUACAGCCUUUGUGGCUCGCGGGUCAGCACAUGAGCCAUCCGAGUGAGCAUAGGGCGAUUCUAGACAUUUAUGAGCGGAUCGAGAGGGAGAUUGGAUGGGCCACGAAAUGGCGAGCUGAUGAUUUGAAGGAGUAUUGGGGAGAAGAGGACUCGUUCGCCGUGUGA